AUGUUCCCCCCUCCCUCCUCCCCUCCCUCGUCUGCUCUCCUCCCCUUCACCACGUCCACUCCUGAUCUUUCCCCCUCCUCUCUCAUCCCAUCCCUCGCCGCCCUCAUCCCCCUCCUCCCUCGUCGCCCCCCCUCAUCCACUACCUCCCACUCCCUUACCCACCUUCUUCCUCGUUUACUCCCUUCUCCCUCAUUUACUCCCCUUCCCUCAUUUACUCCCCUUCCCUCAUCCCCCCCCCCCUCGUCUCCCUGA